AUGUCCAUUGUAAUUCAAGAUCCUAGCAGUCAGUCAAAUUUGUCUGACAUCAAGACAACCCAUCUUCAUCUCAACUGGACUAUAUCCUUUGAGAAUAAGAACAUCGCUGGACAUGUACUCUUGGACCUUGUUACGUUGAAGGACAAUGUUGAUAGAGUUGUAUUGGACACUAGUUUUAUUGAUUUAAAGAGUAUUACUCUGGAAGGUAGCCCACUCAAGUACGAUUUGGCCGAACAACACGCUAGUCUUGGAUCAGCCUUGACUAUAUAUCUUACGGAGCCAUUUGCUACUGCUGGACAAAUGUUCCAGUUGAAAAUCGAUUACGCUACCACUGAAAAGUGCACUGCCAUCCAGUUUUUGACAGCCGAGCAAACCGUCGGAAAGAAACUUCCUUAUCUCUUUUCUCAGUGCGAGCCAAUCCAUGCCCGCUCUUUCAUUCCUUGCCAGGACACACCGUCGAUUAAACUGACAUACUCUGCCUCGGUUACUUCGCCCUUGCAAGUAAUUAUGUCAGCCCUGUCAACCUUAUCCCAGCCAUCCAUAUUGGAUUCCAAUUCAAAGACAUAUGGGUUCGAACAGCGCACUACUAUUCCCACUUAUCUUAUUGCCAUUGCAGCCGGAAACCUGGUUGGGCGAGAAAUCGGCCCUCGUAGUACAGUGUGGUGUGAGCCAGAAGUGGUGGAUCAAGCUGCUUGGGAGUUCGAUGAUACAGAGAGAUUCCUGUCCCUUGGUGAAGAUCUCUUGACACCUUACGAGUGGGGCCGAUAUGACCUGCUCGUACUGCCACCCUCAUUCCCUUAUGGUGGCAUGGAGAAUCCUUGUUUGACUUUCUUAACACCUAGCUUGUUGGCGGGUGACAAGAGUGCAGUCCAGGUUGUUGCUCAUGAGAUCUCACACAGCUGGAUGGGAAAUCUUGUAACGACUCGCAACUGGGAACACUUUUGGCUAAACGAGGGUUGGACCGUUUUUGUUGAAAGAAAGAUUAUUGGACGUCUUCACGGCGAAGCAUCCAGACAGUUUAGCGCUAUCAUCGGAUGGAAGGCAUUGAAAGAGAGUGUCGAGUUGUUUGGCCAAGAUUCCCCUGCGACUGUUUUGAACACUGAUCUCAGCAGUGGAAUUAAUCCUGAUGAUUACUUUAGCUCUAUUCCAUAUGAAAAAGGAUUCAAUCUGCUUUAUCAUAUUGAAAGUGUUGUGGGUGGAGCCUCUGUAUUUGAACCCUAUAUGAAGUCUCAUGUCCAGAAGUAUGCCCACAAAUCUAUCACAACUCAAGACUGGAAGAACCAUUUAUUCGAAUAUAUGUUGGAAAAUAAUGGCCAGGAAACUGUCGACAAACUCAAUACUAUUGAUUUUGACCUCUGGCUUAAGGGUACCGGGAUGCCACCUGUAAUUCCUCAAUUUGACACCACUCUUGCCGACAUAUGCUACACCUUAGCUGACCGUUGGGAUAAGGCAAGAGAUGAAGAAAGUCUUUCAGAGUUCUCAUCUAAUGAUCUGAACAACAUGAGCUCUCUUCAAAAAGUUGUCUUUUUGGAACGUUUAUCUGAUGAUAAACCUCUGUCUCACGCUGCUUUGGCAAAAAUGGAUGAACUUUACCAGAUGACACUAAUCCGUAAUGCCGAUGUUCGCUUCCGCUGGCAGAAAUUGUGUCUACUUGCAAGCUAUGAGCCUAUUUACCCUCAUGUUGUUGCAUUUGUAUCUGAACAAGGCCGUAUGAAAUUUGUUAGACCUCUCUAUCGUUUACUUUACCGCGCCAAAAAUGGGUCUGAACUAGCAAGAGAAACGUUCUUAAAGCACAAGACUUUUUACCAUCCUAUUGCUUCUACUCUUGUUGAAAAAGACAUUGGUUUAAAAUAGAUAUAUUCUAGUCAAAGCAUUUUUUUUUCUUUUUGUUAUUUUGGCCUGGUUAAUAACUUGUUGCUUUCUAGUCCAAAAAAUGUUUUAGACCAUUUAAUAUACCUGUUAAUUUAGUUUGUAUAUGACAUUUUAUCAUAUUUUUAUUUCAUGAUUCAAUAUCCUUUCUUAUUGUUGUUUCGGUCUAAAACACGACACAAGUUAAUUACAUUUACCAAAAUAUUUAUUUUGGAG